AUGAAGAAGAAGAAGAAGAAGAAGAAGAAGAAGAAGAAGAAGAAGAAGAAGAAGAAGAAGAAGAAGAAGAAGAAGAAGAUACAGAGAAACAAAUGA